GCAGCGGCAGCAGUAGCGGGGCCGCAGCGAGCGGGCCGAGGGUGCCUCACCCCGCCGCCCCGUCAGCGCACGGCGAGCGGCCCGGAGCCCGGCCCCUCCCGCGCCGGAUGUGAUGGCCGCCCGGGCGGGGGGGUGAGGAGCGAGCUAGCGGUGGCCGAGAGCCGUAACGCGGCCCGGCCCUAACGAGCGCCAGUGGCGGCUUCUCCUUUCCCCUCAGCGCCCCUCGCCCCUUUUACUUCUACCCCCUUCUAUGCCCCGGGCGCCGUAGCCAGCGGGAAGCGGCGAGGCGGGCGGCCCCGAUGCGGAGGAGCCGCCGGCGGGCGCCAUGCAGCCGCCGCCGCAGCCGUACGAGUUCUUCGGCGAGGAGAACGGCCCGAAAUGGCGGGGGCUCUUCGUGCCCGCCCUGCGCAAGGUUCAACAACAGGUUCACCCAAACCUUUCAGCAAAAGAAGAUUCCCUCUAUUACAUCGAAGAGUUGAUACUUCAGCUGCUGAACAAACUAUGCAUUGCUCAGCCACGCACUGUCCAAGAUGUAGAGGAGCGCGUUCAAAAGACAUUUCCUCAUCCCAUAGACAAGUGGGCGAUCGCUGAUGCACAGUCUGCUAUAGAGAAAAGAAAGAGAAGAAACCCUCUCCUGCUUCCUGUGGACAAAAUCCAUCCUUUAUUAAAGGAGGUCCUGGGUUACAAGGUAGAUUACCAUGUCUCUCUGUAUAUCGUGGCUGUCUUGGAAUACAUCUCAGCUGACAUCUUAAAGCUGGCUGGAAACUAUGUCUUCAACAUACGUCACUUUGAGAUCUCCCAGCAGGACAUUAAAGUAUCCAUGUGUGCUGAUAAGGUUUUGAUGGAUAUGUUUGAUCAGGAUGACAUUGGUUUGGUUUCUCUCUGUGAAGAUGAGCCCUCUUCUUCUGGGGAGCUCAACUACUAUGACCUAGUGAGAAAUGAAAUUGCAGAAGAAAGGCAAUACCUGCGGGAGCUGAAUCUGAUCAUCAAAGUAUUUCGGGAAGCUUUCCUGUCAAACAGAAAACUCUUCACACCUAAUGAUAUCGAUGUGAUAUUUAGCAACAUUUCAGACAUCCAUGAGCUGACAGUGAAGCUUUUAGGAUUGAUUGAGGAUACUGUGGAGAUGACUGAUGAAAGUAGUCCUCAUCCUCUAGCUGGCAGCUGCUUUGAAGAUCUUGCAGAGGAGCAAGCCUUUGAUCCAUAUGAAACCUUGUCCCAGGAUAUCCUCUCUCCACAAUUUCAGGAGCAUUUUAAUAACUUAAUGGCAAAACCUGCUGUUGCUCUCCACUUCCAGUCCACUGCUGAAGGGUUUAAAGAAGCUGUAAGAUAUGUUCUGCCACGACUCAUGCUUAUCCCUGUCUAUCACUGUUUGCACUACUUUGAGUUACUACAGCAACUGCAGGAGUGCAGUGAGGAUGAGGAGGAUCGGGAGUGUUUAAAACAAGCCAUUACAGCUCUUCUGAACCUGCAGUGCAGCAUGGAGCGCAUUUACAGCAAGCACUCCCCACGAAGGCGGCCUGGGGAGCCUGUCUGUCGCUUCUACAACCGACAAAUAAGAAGCAAGCACUUGGCCAUCAAGAAGAUGAACGAAAUCCAGAAAAAUAUCGAUGGGUGGGAAGGCAAAGACAUUGGGCAGUGCUGCAAUGAAUUCAUCAUGGAAGGUGGCUUGACAAAAAUAGGAGCCAAACACGAGCGCCACAUCUUUCUCUUUGACGGUUUAAUGAUCAGCUGUAAAACCAACCACGGCCAGUCGCGGCUGCCUGGCUACAGCAACGCCGAGUACAGGCUGAAGGAAAAAUUCAUCAUGAGGAAGAUACAGAUUAUUGAUAAAGAUGACACAGCAGAGUACAAACAUGCUUUCGAGCUGGUGUCUAAAGAUGACAACAGCAUCCUGUUCGCUGCCAAGUCUGCUGAAGAGAAGAGCAAUUGGAUGGCGGCUCUCAUUUCCCUCCAGUAUCGCAGUACUCUGGACAGGAUGCUGGAUUCGGUCUUGCUGCAGGAAGAAAAUGAACAGCCUCUGAGGUUGCCCAGCCCAAAGGUUUAUCGUUUUGUAGUGGAAGACUCUGAAGAUAAUAUUGUUUUUGAGGACAACUUGCAGAGCAGGAAUGGAAUUCCUAUUAUCAAAGGAGGAACGGUUGUGAAAUUAAUCGAGAGGCUGACGUACCACAUGUAUGCAGAUCCUAAUUUUGUACGUACUUUCCUUACCACCUACCGCUCCUUCUGCAAGCCCCAGGAGCUGCUGAGUUUGCUGAUUGAAAGGUUUGAAAUCCCUGAGCCUGAGCCUACUGAAGCAGACAAGCUGGCCAUUGAGAAAGGGGAGCAGCCCAUCAGCGCAGACCUCAAGCGAUUUCGCAAGGAAUACGUCCAGCCAGUCCAGCUCAGGAUACUGAAUGUUUUUCGUCACUGGGUAGAGCACCACUUUUAUGACUUUGAACGAGAUCUGGAGUUACUGGAGCGGUUGGAGACCUUUAUUUCCAGUGUAAGAGGAAAAUCCAUGAAGAAGUGGGUGGAAUCAAUUGCUAAAAUCAUCAAGAGGAAAAAAGCUCAAGCCAAUGGAAUUAGUCACAACAUCACCUUUGAGAGCCCACCUCCCCCUAUUGAGUGGCACAUCUGGCGCGUCGGGCACAGCGAGACGCUGGACCUCAUGACCCUGCACCCCAUCGAAAUCGCACGGCAGCUGACGUUGCUGGAGUCUGACCUCUACAGGGCAGUGCAGCCUUCUGAGCUCGUGGGCAGUGUGUGGACUAAAGAAGAUAAGGAAAUUAACUCCCCAAAUCUCCUGAAAAUGAUUCGUCAUACCACAAAUCUCACUCUUUGGUUUGAAAAGUGCAUCGUGGAAACGGAGAACUUUGAAGAGAGAGUGGCUGUGCUGAGCAGGAUUAUAGAAAUCCUGCAGGUUUUUCAGGAUCUGAAUAAUUUCAAUGGUGUCUUGGAGAUUGUCAGUGCAAUGAACUCCGUGUCGGUGUACAGGCUGGAUCACACGUUCGAGGCACUACAGGAAAGAAAGAAGAGAGUUCUGGAUGAAGCAGUAGAAUUAAGCCAAGAUCAUUUUAAAAAAUACCUAGCUAAGCUCAAGUCAAUCAACCCACCCUGUGUGCCUUUCUUUGGAAUAUACCUAACAAAUAUUUUGAAGACAGAAGAAGGGAAUCCUGACUUUCUGAAAAGACAAGGGAAAGAGUUAAUUAACUUCAGUAAGAGGAGAAAAGUGGCUGAAAUUACAGGAGAAAUCCAGCAGUAUCAAAACCAGCCUUACUGCUUACGGAUAGAGCCAGAAAUUCGGAAAUUCUUUGAAAAUCUCAAUCCUAUGGGGAAGAUACCAGAGAAAGAGUUUACAGAUUAUCUCUUCAACAAGUCAUUAGAGAUUGAACCUCGGAACUGCAAGCAACCGCCUAGAUUUCCGAGGAAAACUACCUACCCCCUGAAAUCUCCUGGGAUAAGGCCCAAUACCGGCAGACACGGCUCCACCUCUGGCACCUUGAGAAGUCAUCCACUGCCACUCGAAAAGGAACCCAGUAAGAUAAGUUUCAGCAGAAUCACCGAGGCAGAGCAUGAAACAACAGCAUCAGCACCAACCUCUCCAAACACGCCCUCUACGCCGCCGGUGUCGGCUUCUUCCGAGUUCAGCGUCUUCUUAGACAUCGAUCUCAACAGUUCCUAUGGUAACAACAGCAUCUUCGCUCCCAUCAGCUUGCCCCAGUCAAAGACUUUCUUCAGCUCAUGGGGUAGCUUUCCUAAGCUAAGUGAUGAGCCUCAAAACCCUCCGCCACUUCCUCCAAGAAAAAAAAUGGAUCAGGAUGCUUCUAAUGCUAAGGGAAGUUCAAAGUCGGAUGAUGAUCCCCCAGCAAUUCCACCUCGGCAGCCACCGCCUCCAAAGAUCCAGCCUCGUGCUCCUGCUUACACUAACCCACUUGAGCAGCCACUGCACAGCCCUCCUCCUCCACCCCCCCGGGACCCUCUUCCUGAUACUCCGCCACCGGUACCUCUCCGGCCACCCGAACACUUUAUCAACUAUCCUCUGAACCUCCAACCUCCGCCGGUGGGACGCUUGCACCGAGAUCCCGACCGGUUCCGGGAGGCAAGCACAGGUCCCAGCUCUCCUGGCACUCCUCCCAGCACUCCCUCGCCUAGGGUGCUGCGUCGCUGCUGCGUGCUCAGCACCAGUCACAACAACCUGGUGAACCCACCUGCACCCCCAGUCCCGCCCCGGCACAAUUCCAGCCCUCAGUUACCAAAACUGCCACCAAAGACUUACAAAAGGGAGCUCUCCCACCCUCCUUUGCACAGACUCUCUUUGCUAGAAAAUGCAGAAACUCCUCAAUGACCUUAGCCAUAGUAGUCUUGACACUGGAAUAGUAUUUGUAAAGGGCAGUGUAUUUUAGUACUUUCCACAAACUGUGCUCUUAAAAUGCUGCUGAUCAUUUACAAUAAAGGUUUAAAUUGCAAAAAGAAGCCUCCACACCCUCUAGCCUGUGGCCCUUGGACAGCACCGACCCUCAGGUGGUCAGCAGCAUUGCCUCCUCUCGCCUCCUCAGCGCCCGCAGUUUUUUUGCCAGUAUACAAAAACAAGCAAAAAAAAAGACCUUUUUUUUGUUUCUUUGUUUUUGUUUUGCACUGUAAAUGACACUAAACGACUAGAAACUGACAUCAUCCUUUAAUUGCACUGAGCCAAAAAGACAAAAACAAGGUGCAUCUGUGGAGUUCUUUUUUGUCAGCGGUGGUGUUGUUGUUGUUGUUGUUGUUGUCGUUCAGAUUUGAGCACUGGUGGCCUUCUUAUUCAAACAAAAGAGCGACGGGGACAAUGCCACGGGAGGAGGAUAUUCAAGUGUCAGCCGUUUUUAAAGCUCUGGCUCCUAACUCAGCCUCCUAAGGUCACCUCGGCGCAGAGGUGCCUGAGUGACAGCUCCCGCUCUCCGCUCUUCUAACGCUGUGUCUUAAUCGCCGUUGAUUUGCUGCUGAAGACGAAAAGUAGGUUGAAAUCUAAAUACCAAAAUAUUCACUUGGCCUUGAUUCUGUUGAGGACAAAGAAAAGAAAGAUGAACAAGGGACUCGGGUGCUGGAAAAGGAUCCUUAGUACUUAGCAUGCGACUUGUUCAGAUGUGCCUUUUUGUUUUGGUAGGGGAAGAUGGCUUAAAAGGAUGGAGUUGUCUUCCAGAGAAGGAAGCUACCUGCCGUAUCUGUACAUUGUGUAUAUUGUAUAUUUACAGAUAGUACUCAUAACCUGUAUAAAUUUAAGUGACUCGAGGCCUAGCAUACAGUCUGCUACUCUUGCAACCUUACACACAGUCAGAAGUAUCUUCUUCUGGCUUAGGAACAGCCUUGCCUCCCAAACUUAACAACUUCCUUUAGAUCUCACUUAAUAAGCAAUCCGUUUGGGAAAUUGGUAGUGUUUAAAGCAGGAAAAAACAAACCAACAAAAAAAAAAAAACCCACCAACCCCCCCCAACACACACCCCUACCCCAAAAGAAACACUUAAAAGCUUUAUUAAACUUUUUAAACUGAUAAAUGAAUGGAACUUUUUCUUUACCAGUUGGACUACUUGUUUGAACUGGUGUCAGAGUGAGUCUGUUUUACUGGUAGUACUGUAGCAGCAUUUAUAAAGUGGCCAGAAAGCCACAUUUUAUUUACUGGUCUGUGGCCUUUUACUGUGCUUUGUAUCAGAGUUCUUAACAAGAUUAAUAAAUCACCCCAGUCUUAAUUUGUAA